UCUACUCACCUGAAUCCCUCUCAUCCGAGCCUCUCCCUCCAUCACCCCUCUCUACCUCGCCCUCCUCCUCUUUCUCAUCCUCCCCUCAUGCCUCCGGCUUCACAGCCCAAAGACCUCUCCUCCACCUUCCAUCCAUCCUCCUCCUCCUCUUCCUCUUCCUCAUCUUCCUUCCCUGCGCCUCCCCCUCCCCCUCCUCCGCCUCCUCCCCCUCUCCCUCUCCCCCUUCUCCACUACUCCAUGCAGCAGCUCUUCUCUCGCUCCCUUCACCACCCUCAGCUCCCCCACCUCCCCCCAUCCCGCAAGGACUAUUUGAACUCCGACCCUUUCUUGGAGUUCUCGUCUCACCCCUCAUCUCACCCCUCUUUCCCACCGCUCCCCUUGCUCGGUCACCUGGACGCCUCCCUUGCACGCCACGCUCAUGGAGGCAGGGAGAGAGGGAUGAGGGGAGAUGGGGGGAUGAGGGGAGGAGGCGGGAUGGAUGGAGGAGAGCUCUUCCUGACUGCUGGGGGAACCCAGGAAGGCUUGUCUCCCUGCCAUCUGAAGAAAGCCAAGCUCAUGUUCUUCUACACACGGUAUCCCAGCUCCAAUACACUCAAGACUUACUUCCCUGAUGUCAAGUUUAACCGCUGCGUGACCUCCCAGAUGAUUAAAUGGUUCAGCAACUUCAGAGAGUUCUUCUAUAUCCAGAUGGAGCGCUUUGCACGACAGGCUGUCCGCGAGGCUCUCACCCGGGAUGGUGCACCUCGUCUGGGCAGAGAGAGUCAGCUGCGAGUGGGCCGUGACACAGAGCUUUACCGCAUACUGAACAUGCACUACAAUAAAAGUAACGUCUACCAGGUCCCAGAGAGGUUUAUCGAGGUAUCAGAAGUGGCUCUGAGGGAGUUUUACUCAGCCAUCUGGACUGGGAGAGACAGCGACCCCUGCUGGAAGAAAGGAAUCUAUAAAAUCAUUUGUAAGCUUGACAGUCCUGUACCAGAUGCCUUCCGACUGCCAGGUUGUCCUGUUGGCUGAUGAUUGAUCCACAUGUAUAAGAAUAAAUGCAUAAACACACAGACUCACUAAAAGAAAGGGAAUUGUGUUAAAGCAUUCACAAACUGUGAGAAGUGGUGUGAAGGAAUCCAUUCAGUUCUGCAAUUCAUUCAUAAUGCAUUCAUUCUGAGACAAAAAAAAGAUAAUUUUAGAUGAUAGAAGUAUUUUGUUUGACAGUGUGUGCAGGGAAAGACACACAGACGCUUAAAUGAACAGACACUCACAGAGUGAAUGGUAUUCUGACAUCCUCAGUGCUGUGAUAAGAGUCUUGUGACUGCACUUAUCGAGGAACGUGACCAUACCAUUGAAUUAAAACGGACAGAGCAGGAAUUCCCUUUCCCAACAUUCUUCACCAGUCAGCUGACUUGUGAAAUCACAGUGCUGCUACACUGGAUUGACAAAAACUGUCGUGAAAAUAAAAAUUGCUGCAGGCACAGAGCUGGGAUAGACUGAUGGACUGGAUUUAAUAACAACUUCACCGAAAUAUGCAUACUUGUUGUGCAUUAUGUGUUACCAUGAGACCACACAUCAUUCAUUCACUUGAAAAGAUAAUAUGCAUUCCUUGGCAGUCCCUUGCAAAUGAUUGCAAUUCAGAAAAAAUGCCAUACUAUGCACCCCCUCAGUAAUCAAAUGUACUGCUGAUAUCUGUUUACCGAGCAUGGGCAAUGCACAAAUAUACGUUUCAGAUACUUGCAGACAAAGAAUCCACAUACCAAAUUUUCUUAGAUUAGAUGCCCUACUUUCCUCAUUGUCACUUUAACUGUGAGCAGAGCGCACUGUUCCUACAAAGAAAAAAAUCCAGCUUCCUGAUAAAUAUUGUUUAAAAAGCAGUAAUAUUGCUUUGUAUUUGUUGGUAAUUUUGCACAAGCAGCACCCAACUAUCACCCAAACAUUUACCCACUGCUCUCCCUCAGGGGGUGUUCACAGUUUUUCAUUAGAGCCUUGUCAAAACGUUGAAUCUGACUGUUUGCUAGAAACUCACUGUAAUCGCUGCCUUGUGUGUGUAGGCUUCCCUGCAGGGUCACAGGUACCUUUUUGUUCAGUGUGCCCUGCAGCUUUUACAGUUUCUCCAUGCUCAGAGAUGCUUUCCUCUUUCUUUUGUUUGCUUGUUUGUUUGCCCCACCAACACAAAGCUGUCAUGUAUCCAGCAGAGAAAUCAGUCUUGGGAAUCUUUAAAGAAAACAUGAGGACCAAUCAUAACUACUGUCACCUAAUAUAUUGCUGUUGUUUGAGAGAAAUUUAAGGGCAGUGGUUGAUUUAUUUUUGCCUGUAUUUCCAUCUCUUUGUUCAAUAAGGAAUUAUUAUAGCUUUUGUACAUGAUGGCACAAUGUAAUCAAAAUGUAAAGUUCUGCCAAGAGGGACAUUAUAUUGAAUUUAAAAUAGUAAAAUUAAUGUUUUGUUGUUUCCUUGCUGUACUCUUAUUGUUGAAAUAUUCACUUCUGUUUUUGUAUUUCUUUAACGUGAUGUUAAACUAAAUAGGCCAGCUGCACAGUUAGUAUAUAUCGACAUUUGUUUCCUGGAAGUAUUGCGGAAACUUUCACUCUAUCUACUGUAUAUCAUGACUCUGACCCAGAGUGGACUUCUGUUCAUCAAAGUGUUGCUCCAGAUGAAGCCUCCUCUGGCUUAAUCACACCUCUGUGAGACCGAGCCCGUGUGUGAACUAUUUGUGAUGUGUUUUCAGGUGCAUGUUUCCUAUAUUUGCAUUACAUUUUGUAUCGUAAUCUCUUCUGUUUCUCUCACGGCUCUUAUCGGUCUCUCUUUUAUAUUGUACAUAUUCUUUAGAUCUGUGCCUCAUUCGGACUUUGGUGAAUUUUGGUGUUUAAACUUAUCAGUGAAUUAAAGUGAUACCAGGC